AUGGCGCUAGCGCUUAUCAAGGAAGCCACCUCGGAAAGCAGCCAGCGGAGAGCCGGGGAUGCCCAGGGAAUCCGGAGAAAGGAGUCGCUUUCUGUUCAUCUCGGCAGGAAGGAGGGUUCGACCGAGGGGGGCCACGGUUUUCCCCGCGACCACGGGGGAUGCUCUGGGGGAGGGGGUCCCCCAAGUCCUUCCAACAGCUGGCCCUUUAAACGCACCUCCUCCGAGCGUGAGACAAAGGCGCCGCCCGCCGGGGCCGGGCUGGCGCACGCCCCCUGCGCCGGUGCUGGCGAUCAAGCAAGCGCUGGCCAAGGGGCGGCUGGCGCGGGCUUACCUUGCGGGUCUCCGGGCUGGCGGGCCGGCGGCGCGCGUCCUGCCCCACUCGCACUACACGCUGCAGUUGGCCCCGCUCUGUUUUUCUGGGACUCGGCGCUGACUUCACCGACACUCCGCGGCCGGCCAAUGGGCUGCGGCGGCCGCCCCCUCAUUAGCAUGCGUCUGGAACCGUCCACUCCGGCGGCGCCUGAGCGGCGGGCGGUGCUAGGGGGCGGUGCCGGGCCCCGCAGUGACAGGAAGGGGCGUGUGCGCCAAUGGAAGGCGACGAAGCUCCCCGCCGCCCCGCCCCGCUGCAUUGUGAGCCGGGCGCGCGGGCCCGCGGAUCUCCGGCCGAGAGCGUGCGCGCAGUCCCAGUAA